AACGGUUCACACUAACGCCGCGAGGAGGCUACUAUUUUUUACCGGAAGUCGCGGCGCCCCGUGCUGAUUCCCCUCCUUUUCGACGUGUUUCUCCUGAAAGAGAACCAAGAUGUCAGAAAGCUGGGACGACAACGCUCCCACUACGGUGGCCGUUCCGACCGAGCAGCUGGAAACCAAGCUGUUCGGCCGCUGGAGCUCGAGCGACGUGCAAGUCAGCGACAUCGGGCUCACUGACUACAUUGCCGUGAAGGAGAAGCAUGCCAAGUAUCUGCCCCACUCUGCCGGGCGCUAUGCUUCCAAGCGCUUCCGCAAGGCGCAGUGCCCCAUCGUGGAGCGUCUUACAAACUCUAUGAUGAUGCACGGCCGGAACAACGGCAAGAAGCUGCUGGCCGUGAAGAUCGUCAAGCACUCUUUCGAGAUCAUUCACCUGCUCACCGGCGAAAACCCGCUUCAGGUGGUGGUGAAUGCCAUCAUCAACAGCGGGCCGCGGGAGGACUCUACGCGCAUUGGGCGUGCGGGCACGGUGCGUCGUCAGGCGGUGGACGUGUCCCCGCUGCGUCGGGUGAACCAGGCCAUCUGGCUGCUGUGCACGGGCGCACGCGAGAGCGCCUUCCGUAACAUCAAGACCAUUGCUGAGUGCCUGGCGGACGAGCUCAUCAAUGCCGCCAAGGGCUCUUCCAACAGCUAUGCCAUCAAGAAGAAGGACGAGCUGGAGCGUGUCGCCAAGUCCAACCGUUAAAAGAGAGAGAGGGGGAUUAAAGCUACUCUGCUCAUGUUUGAUCACGCA